CGUUACAAAGCCUACUCACAGUCUGGCAGCACCAUCAAAACAUUACACAGCUGUUCUUAUCAACGGAAGUUUAUCAAGUGCACUUUACAAGAUUCCCUGUACCAUUACGUAAUGCUCACCAAUUUAGGAAGGCGUCUCCGAUCCCCCUUUCUUAAUCGUAUGUUGCACACGGAAAGAAAAGUGCGGGUUAAUGGGGCAGAUCUCAAUAUUGUGGAAUCUGGAAGUGGAAAUAGGAGCUUACUGCUGAUGCCAGGAGCUCUGGGCUCCGCCUGGACGGAUUUCAAACCUCAAAUCGAGCAACUUCCCAAGUUACUGCCAGAGUACACGAUCAUUGCCUGGGAUCCGCCGGGUUACGGAAAAUCUGUUCCCCCGAAACGUCAGUUUGGCUUGGAAUUCUUUCGGGAGGAUGCCAAAGCCGCUGUGGAUCUGAUGCGUGCUUUGGAUAGGCCUAAGUUUUCUAUUCUAGGCUGGAGUGAUGGCGGAAUCACAGCCCUUAUAGUGGCCGGACGCUACGCGGAGGCAGUGGAUCGAUUGGCCAUCUGGGGUGCAGGGGCCUAUCUGAAUGCCGAUGAGGUGAAAGCUCUACGCAAUAUCCGUGACGUGUCCAAGUGGUCGCCUAGGAUGCGAGAGCCCAUGGAAAAGGUGUAUGGAGUAGAUAGAUUCGCACAGCUAUGGGGCGAAUGGGUGGACGCCGCCUGUGCUUUCUACGAUCAACGGGACGGUGACUUUUGUCGCAACGAAGUGGAGCAGGUGAAGGCCCCAACCUUCAUUUUGCAUGGAAAGAAGGAUCCCAUGAUAGCAGCAGAGCACAUUCCCUGGUUAAAAGAACGUCUACCUAAAGCCAAAUAUCACGAGUUCCCUGAGGGAAAGCACAAUAUCCAUCUGCGAUAUGCGGAGGAUUUUAACAAAUUGGUGGCUGAUUUUUUUAAUAAAAACGAUUCGAAUUAAUUCUUAAAAUUUAUAAAAAUACAUGGGAACAAUUGUGAUGAAACUCCUAUUAUAUUUCCUCUUAGACUAAAGACCAACGCAAUUUUGUUAUUUAAUUAAUUGACAAAAGCAAUCAAAAGUCCAUAGGUCGAAAGUGAUAGUUGCUGUGAAUCAAACCCAUAUCUAAACUGAAGGAAAUUGUUUAUCUAGGCCAUGAAUCACGUAAAAUUAAUUGAGGAAUAUUCCAUAUAAGUUGACUAGCUAGCGCGAUUUUCGAAAUGGAAUCAAUGGAAAGUGGCAACCGCCCUAAUCCCCUAGAGAAAGUUAAACCGUUUGUACUCCACUUUAAAAGAGAGAGACUCCUUAUCUGUAACUAUAAGUGUGACUAAUAAAUUUAAAUUUCUUUUAAGGACUUUGAACUUGAUUCUAAAUCAAGGGCCAAUACCAACUAAUCAAGUUGACAGUAAUCCACCUCAGAAUAAAGAAUCAGUCGGAUUUGUUAUGGAAA